AUGUUCGAGUCCACUGGCUCUGAUUCCGGUCCUCUUAACCUCAAAAAAGCAUACAAACCGCAAACCACAGAUUUCUACUGGAUUUUGAAUCAACUUUUUUUUGCUUCAACUCCAUCUUUGGACUACCACCCGGUAACGCGCUCGAAGCGACUCUGUUGGCUCAAGUUGAUCGUCAGUAUAUCUUUCUUGCAAGUCGACAACGCCUGCCCUAACGGCCUUUCCGUUGCAGACGUGGCGGGCGGUUUUAACGAUGCCCAGCUCGACGACGGCAAUACCCUCUUGAAAAGCUCCACACGGCAUGCUAGUGGCCGCAGGCAGACCUCUCACAUGCAUCGAUCGUCUCAUCGGUUGCACCCACCUAUUCCGCUGUUCGGUCCUUCUCCUCUGCCAAAGCUGGCUCAGUGCUCAGAGCUUCUCGGUAUCUUCAUUCCCGACGCUCUAUUUGCCGUUACGUACAUGCUCGUUGCCGCCGUGGGCUGCCACAACAUCACACAUACGGAUCGCUCGUUGGGGUCUUGGUCCUCGUCUUCGGGUGGACACCGACUUGUAUGGAUGAUGGGGGCAUGGCUAUUGCACAUAGUACUCACAGCAAUCGUGGAUAGGUUUGCUUGGGCAUCUUGCCAGCCUCUGUUCUGCCGAUCAGGUUUGAGUGUAAGAACACCCUCAAGUGUCAACGUUGGCAAAGCCAGGACGUUCGGCUAUGUUACCUGCAAUCGAAAUUUCCUCAUCCUUCGUCUGAACGCGUGCUGUUGA